AUGGCAGCCUAUUCGUGGGCUCUACUGCUCGGUCUCACCCUUACCGCCCGCGCGCUUGCGCAAUCGGGCGCUCCGGUUCAGGCUCCUUUCUCGAUCCCAUCGCCGCAAGCCUACAAGGCGCAUGCCUCCUCACGCUCGCGCAAAGUUUUGGGUCCCGAUGUAGAGGCCUUCGUGCGGAAGACCAUGAAGGAUGCUAACGUGCAGGGCAUGGCCAUUGCUGUAGUGCAUUCCGAUUGGGGCGAGGAUGGCGGGCGGAACCUUGGUGAACCAGACACUGAAUUCGGUAGCUUCGGUAUCAAGAGUGAGGAUGGGGAUGCUAUGACUAGCGAUACGUUGUUCACGAUCGCAUCCUGUUCGAAAGCCUUUCUAACGGCUGGUAUGAGCAUCCUCAUGGACGACUUUGCGAACGGUCGCAAUGUAACUGCGCUACCCCCAACACUGUCGAAGCUGAACUGGGAUACCAAGCUGGCCGCCUUGCUACCGGGAGAAUGGAAGCUUAUGGACACAUGGGCGGAGCGCGGGGCGAAGUUACAAGAUAUCUUCUCGCAUACGAGCGGUCUCCCGAGACAUGACUUGGCCUACUCCCGCAAUGAUACACCCGUGAGUGUUCUGGCGCGUUUGGACAAGCUGCGUCCGGCCUUUGAACUUCGUGAACGCUACUCGUACAACAACAUUAUGUACAUGAUAGGCGCCCACAUUCUCGAUACGUAUACGGGCGUGGGCAUGGAGCAGUUCAUGCGCGAUCGCAUAUUUGCCCCACUCAACACGAGCUUGACGUACUCUCCAGCCGAAGCUCAAAAUAGCGGGCGUGCUACGCAGACGUGGACGAAAGAUGGUCGAGCUUUACCGUGGUGGUUCACCGAGGACGAUUAUAAGCUAAGCGCCGGACCUGGCGGUGUCAUCGCUGAUACAGAGGGCCUGGCCCGCUGGCUGAAAGUUCUUCUACAUCGUGGCCGCGAUCCUGUAACGAAUCUCACUAUCAUUCCGGCCGACUCGUUCGAGCGUGUUACGACAGCGCGUACCAUCGACGUUGGGUCGGGCAGCACCACGGAAUCCCUUUCUGGGUACGGUCUUGGCUGGAUGCGGGUCUCAUAUCGAGGGCACGAUAUCGUGUGGCACAGCGGUUCAGUGCCGGGGUUUGCCACGCUGGUCAUGUUUGCUCCGUACGACGGCGUCGGACUUACCAUACUGACCAACGGCGAUGACCAGGCCAAGCCUAACAAGGACAUAGCAUGGCGACUAUUUGAGGCUGCAUUCGGUCUUGAGCCGUCCGCUACGUUUCGUCCACCGCUAGCGGACCCCGAGGAGCCCGAACGACGCGCAGCAUCGGCCGAGACGGCGUACAAACCCGCGCCUACAGUCGAUCUAAUAGGCAUUUACAGUGCCCCAGGCUAUGGCGACGGUUUCGAAUUGUGUUCGCUCUCGAGCGCCUCUCCGUCAUGCGCUCAGACACUCGCAGAUUUCACGGCUGUCGCAGAAGCGUCAGGGCACCCUCUCAACACAGCCGACUUGUAUGCGUCUUGGCCGCGUCUCUGGGGAAAUAACCUGCGCCUCGAACAUAUCAGUGGGACCCGUUACGGUUUCCGCCCCAAAGAACUCUUUCCGGAGGGUCAUGGUCACAACAAGACCGCUUUUGAGAUUCGCAAUGACAGUCCGGAACGGGGAGAAGCGCCUUGGGCGGAUUUCGUACUUGAAGACGGGCGCGUCGUCGGCUUCGGUCUCAGUGGCACGGUUGGCGAGGAGACGUUGUCGGAGAAGGAGGGUGAAACAGUGCGGGAGACCGCCGACGCAUGGUUCGUGAGGCAGACAUGA